UUGAGUUUGGCCUCAGCCCGUCUUCUGGCCCCCUCUAGUGGCGUAAAACAAAAUCACAGAUUUAAUGUAAUGUUACAGUGGCUUAAACUUUUACAAUCCAGCUAAAAUUUGGUAAGUACAGUUCAGUUGUAUUGAACUUUUAAGAAAAUUUUUUUAUCAGAUUUUACUGGUGCUUGAAAAGGCAAGUACAUUUUUUGUUUAUCAUCCAUGUGUUGUCUAUGUUGAUUCAUGUACUGUUGUCACUGGGUGGUUCUGCAGGAGCAAAGUCAAAGAGUCGUAAAAAAAAGACUUCCUUUUUCAGCGUCGUUGAGGGAGCAACAGCUCACAGGAGAAAACAGUCUCAGAUUCCCACAGUGAUGCAUCUGUCCAAGGGGGAUUUUGUGUGGGUGGACACCGGGGCCGGCGUGCCCAUCGGAGCCCAGGUGAAGGUGACUGACACGGGGCAGCUUCACCUCAUCGAUGACGAAGGAAAGGAGCACAAGCUCACCAAAAGUAUCGAGGGUGGUCUCCGGCCCAUGCACCCCACCUCGGUGCAGGGCGUGGACGACAUGAUUCGGCUGGGGGACCUGAACGAGGCCGGGCUCCUCAGGAACCUCCUGGUGCGCCACAAAGACGGACUCAUCUACACAUAUACGGGUUCCAUCCUGGUAGCGGUGAACCCCUACCAGCUUUUGCCGCUCUACACGGCCGAGCACGUGCACCGGUACACGGACCGACGACUGGGCGAGCUACCGCCGCAUGUCUUCGCCAUCGCAGACAGCUGUUUCUUCAAAAUGCGCCGCAAUCGUAGAAACCAGUGCUGCGUCAUCAGUGGUGAAUCAGGGGCUGGCAAAACGGAGAGCACCAAACUCAUGCUGCAGUUCCUAGCGGCGGUAAGCGGACAGCAUUCCUGGAUUGAGCAGCAGAUCUUGGAGGCCAAUCCCAUCUUGGAAGCCUUCGGGAACGCCAAAACCAUCCGCAAUGACAACUCCAGCCGCUUCGGCAAGUACAUUGACAUCAGCUUCACCAAAGGGGGCGCCAUCAAAGGGGCUCGCAUCGAGCAGUACCUGCUGGAGAAGUCCAGGGUGUGUCGCCAGGCAGACGAGGAGAGGAACUACCAUAUUUUCUACUACAUGCUGAUGGGAAUGCCGGCCGAGCAAAAGAAGAUCCUUUCGCUCGGGAGCGCCGCGCAAUACAACUACUUGACGAUGGGCAAGUGCACCAGCUGCGAAGGUCGUGACGAUAUUAAGGAAUACGCUCACUUCCGCUCUGCGCUGAAGAUCCUCAUGUUCAGCGAGAACGACACCUGGGAAGUCUGCAAGCUGCUCGCCGCCAUCCUGCACAUCGGCAACGUCAACUUUGACGGAACCAUCGUAAACAAUAUGGAGGGUUGCGAAGUCCUCUCGUCAUUGCAUUUCGACAUGGUCAGCCAACUUUUGGAGGUGGAUCCUAAAGUUCUUGAGACUAGUUUUACUCAGCGUUCCUUCAUGACCAUUCGGGAAAGCGUGACCAAAGUUCUGACCUCAGCACAGGCCUUGGAUGGCAGGGACGCCUUUGUUAAGGCUAUUUACGGCCGGCUUUUUAUUUGGGUGGUGGACAAAAUCAAUGGUGCCAUUCAUAAGCCGGACGGGGAGUCGGACGAGGUCAGUCAGUCCAUCGGCCUCCUUGACAUCUUUGGCUUCGAGAACUUCAGCACAAACAGCUUUGAGCAGCUCUGCAUCAACUACGCCAACGAGCAGCUCCAGCAGUUCUUCGUCAAGCACGUGUUCAAGAUGGAGCAGGACGAGUAUGCCCGAGAGAGCAUCGUGUGGGAGCACAUCGACUACAAAGACAACCAGCAAACUUUGGAUGUGCUCGCCCAUAAGACCCUCAACAUUCUAGCGCUCAUUGAUGAAGAAAGCAACUUCCCCAAGGGAACAGAUACCACCAUGCUCCAAAAAAUGAAUCAGGUCCACGGGAAGGGGAACAUCUACAUCCCCCCCAAGAAUAACUACGAGACCCAAUUUGGAGUGAAUCAUUUCGCCGGCGUGGUCUACUACGACUCCAAAGGUUUCCUGGAGAAGAACCGCGAUGCCCUGAGCCCCGACUUCAUCCAACUGGUGGAAACAUCCAGUAAUAAAUUACUCAAGAUGGUCUUUCACAAGGACAUUUCCUCCAACAGCACCAAGAUGACAGCCAAUGCCAAGCUGACCAUCAACACACCCACAAGCUCACUAAGGCAAGCCAACGACGGCAAAAAGCGAGUUCCCACGCUGACUGGUCAGUUCCGCCAAUCCUUAGAGUCUCUGAUGAAAACUCUGACGGCGUGUCAGCCGUAUUUCAUCCGGUGCAUCAAACCCAACGACUACAAGAAGCCCAUGCUGUUUGACAGAGAUCUGUGCCUGCGUCAGCUGCGCUACUCGGGCAUGAUGGAGACCAUCAACAUCCGCAAAGCGGGUUAUCCGGUGCGCUAUACAUUUGACGAGUUCCUGGAGCGCUACAGGGUUCUUCUCAAGACCUACAUCUGUGACCCGCAUAAGGAAAGCAAAGAGAAAUGCUGCGAAAGUAUCUGCGAGUCUCUGCUGGUCGGAGAAGGUGAUUGGAAGACGGGCAAGACAAAGAUCUUUCUGAAGGAAUUUCAUGACACCAUGCUGGAAGUGGAGCGUAUGAAAGAACUCAACGUCAAGGCGCUUUUGAUCCAGAAGGUUCUACGAGGCUACAAAUACAGGAAACAGUUUGUCAAGAAACGAUCAGGUGCUCUCGUCAUCCAGAAGCACUGGCGAGGACACAAAGGGAGACAAGCGUACCGUGUGGUCCAGAAGGGCUUUGCCAGGCUCCAGGCACAGGUCCGCUCCCGCCAGCUGCACCUCCAGUACAAGAGAAAGCGGCAGGCGGCCAUCUUGCUGCAGGCACAGGCGCGGGGCUACUUGGCCCGAAAGGACUGGAAACGCAAGCGGGACGCCGUGGUCUUCCUGCAGGCGCAUACCAGAGGUCUUCUGGCCAGGAAGACUGUCAAGAACAUGAGGAGAAACGAUCUGUCAGCAAAAGAAAAAGAAGCCGAGCGUCUGGCCGUGUUGGCGCGGCAGAAGCAUCUCGAGGAUGUGCUCAGGCAGAAGGAGAUGGAGGCCCGAGCGCAGUCUGAGUCCACGAUGGAUCAGCAAGUGGACGACAUGUUUUGCUUCCUGCCCGUCAUCGUGGGAGGCCAAGAGGGGCAGGCGCCCGAUGGGUUUGAGGCCUUGGAAAGCAAGCGGGUUCUCCUGGAGGAGAUCGACAUUGACAGCAUUGAGGACGAAGACCUGCCCGUAGAGGACCAGGACGAUCUGGACGAUUAUCCUUUCUCCAAAUUGGCGUCGAUGUUUUUCCAGGGCGGUGCGUCGCCUUCGCACAUCCGCCAGAGAUUGAGACGCCCGCUGCUCUACCACGAGGACGAAGGAGACGUGCAGGCCUCCUUGACAGUUUGGUGGAUCAUCCUGCGAUUCAUGGGAGAUCUUCCUGAGCCUAAAAAUCAUUUCCAAGUCCAGGGAAGCUCGUCACAGGAUCGCUUUGUCACUCAGGCCGUCAUCAACAGAGAGAACAGACGUCUCAGCCACAUGGUCGGACUGGAUCAGCGUGUGCUCCGAAACAAAAACACCCCGCAGUCUUCUCCUGUUCAGGAGGAGUCCGCUCCAAACAGAAAGCAAUCCAUCUUCACGGAUCUCCUGUCCAGAAACAAGAAGGCCGCUCCAGGUGAAAUAACCCCAAAUCCCAAGGUCUACACCGUCCCUGAAGGGACUCCUCGCAACAGGAAGGGCUCCACCUUCACAGAUCUUCUGUCUCGGACUCGGAAAACCUCCAGCGUUCAGGAAAACGGAAUCCCCAAAUCCUCGUCCAGCUUCCGGAAACCCUCCAUCAUCGCGGAAGAGUCUGAGGAUCAGCCAGAUGUAUCCAAGGCUCCUGCCCUAGAGACGGUGAAGGAGGACGGUGGCGACGUCCUGAUCGGCGAGGGUCCCUCCCUGGACCGGCCCCUCACGUCUCUGGAGAAGCUUCACAUCAUCGUGGGCUACGCCAUAGUGCGACGUGACCUCAGGGAUGAGAUCUAUUGCCAGAUCUGCAAGCAGCUGCAGGACAACAACAACCGCAAUAGCUACUUCCGAGGAUGGAUCUUGCUCUCGCUCUGUCUCGGCGUCUUCCCGCCGAGCGAACAGAUUAUUCGGUACAUCCAGAGUUUCAUCCGCUCUGCUCCGAGCGGUUACGCAUCCUACUGUGCCGAGAGGCUGCGUCGCACACUCCUCAACGGCGCAAGAGGGGAGCCACCUGCCUGGCUCGAGCUUCAGGCAACCAGGACCAAGAAGCCCAUGGUGGUGUCAGUCACGCUCAUGGACGGACGCGCCAUCACCCUUUCCGUGGAUUCGGCGUCCACGUCCAAGGAGCUCUGCCAGCUCCUCGCCAACAAAGUCAAGUUAAAAGACACCUUUGGCUUUUCCCUCUAUGUUGCUCUGUAUGAAAAGGUGUGGGCCCUGGGCGGUGGCCGUGAGCACGUGAUGGACGCCAUCUCCCAGUGCGAGCAGGAGGUGAAGCGGCGCGGCGGACAGGAGCAGCACGCACCCUGGCGCCUGUUCUUCCGCAAGGAGAUCUUCACGCCGUGGCACGACUGCGCCGAAGACGACAUCAGCACCGAUCUUAUCUACCGCCAGGUCGUCCAUGGCCUGAAGUUCGGGGAGUAUCAAAUGGAGAAGGAAGAUGACUUUGUCCAACUCGCCGCCAAGCAUCUUUAUAUCCAGCAUGGCUCGGAUAACGGCAGCGAGUUGGUGAAGGGGGCGGUGCAGGCGUGCAUUACCAACGCCCUGCUGGAGGCCAAAUCUGAAGGCAAAUGGGUGCAGAUGGUUAGCACGGCCCACGCUCAGGGUUCCUACUUGAGUUCUCAGCAAAAUGUGAAUUCGGUGAAGGCAGAGAUGGUUGAUUACGCCCGUGAGACGUGGCCCAUCUUCUUCUCUAGGUUCUAUGAGAUGGUCAAGCUGUCAGGUCCUCCGCUGCCAAAGAACAAAUUCAUCGUGGCUAUCAACUGGACUGGCAUCACCUUCCUGGAUGAGCGAGAAAAAAGGCUGCUGGAGCUCUCCUUCCCGGAAGUAUCCGGCGUUAACUCCACGAGAGGCGCUAAAGGCCCAGUGGUGUCUUUGCUGACUUUGAAAGGAGACUUCACGCUGAGUGGAUCCACGGCCGAGAACAUGGCUGAGCUGGUCACCAUGUUCCUCAGCGGACUGACGGAGCGCUCGCAGUAUGCCGUGACCCUGACGGACACGGACAAGCAAGAUGACCCGACGUUCCUCAGCUUCAAGAAAGGCGAGCUCAUCGUCAUACUCAAAGACAACGAGUUCUCGCAGCAACGCGGCUGGAUAAAUGGGAGAAAUGAUAGCACGGGAAAAACAGGGGCCGUCCCCAUGGAGGCCAUCUUAAUUCUGCCCACGCUCAACAAACCCACAAACAAAGUCAUGAGCCUGCUCAGCCUACCGCCCAACCAGCGGCAGAGUAUCCUGGCCAAUCAGAAAGAGACGGGCACGGUGGAGCGACUUGCUCCGUCGACCUUGAGGGAGUUCUCCCUUGAGUACUUCAGGCAGCCAGCAAAGGACGUGAACCGGCAGGUGAUGUCACGAAACGCAGCUCCCGAGAGACUGUGGUUGAACUCGCGCGAGCCCAUCAGACAGCCGCUCCUCAAGAAGCUGGCGGGCAACUCCGAGUUGAGCCACAAAGCCUGUCUGGCCUUCACCGCCAUCCUCAAGUACAUGGGCGACUACCCCACCAAGCAGAUGCAGAGUCCCCUGGAACUCACCGACCAGAUCUUCGGGCCCGCCGCGGAAAAAGAGAUUCUCCGAGAUGAGAUCUACUGUCAAAUUAUGAAGCAGAUGAGCAGCAAUAACAACCGGUUCAGCUUGGAACAAGGGUGGCAGCUGCUGUGGUUGUGCUGUGGCCUCUUUCCUCCAACUCAGUCGCUCCUGAAGCACGCUCGGCGAUUCCUGGAGUCGCGACGCACCCAGCCGCUGGCUUCCGACUGCCUGCAACGACUGCAGAGCUCUUUGAGAAUGGAGCCCAGGAAGCUUCCGCCACACCAGGUGGAAUUGGACGCUAUCCAGCAGAACAGCACGCAGAUCUUCCACAAAGUCCACUUCCCCAAUGACACGGGGGAGAUCUUCGAGGUGGCGACCAGCACCAAAAUCAGAGAUCUCAUUCGGAACAUUUCCAACAAACUUCAACUGACGACGGCCGACGGCUUCAGCAUUUUCAUCAAGACGCACGACAAGGUCCUCAGUCUGAAUGACGCCGACUACUUCUUUGACAGUCUGAGGCAGAUCACGGACUGGUCCAAGCAGAACAAACGCAUUCAAGACGUUAGUCAAGUCAACAUGCCCUACCUGGUCUUCUUUAUGAGGAAGUUGUGGUUCAAUGUGAUCCCUGGCAGAGAUCUGGAGGCAGACCUCAUCUUUCACUUCCCUCAGGAAGUCCCCAAGUACCUGCGGGGCUACCACGUGUGCACCAAGGACGACAUGAUCCACAUCGCCUCCCUGCUCUUCCGCAUUAAAGUGGGUAACGACAAGAGUCAGUUUGUGAGCAUCCCCAAGAUGCUGAAAGAACUGGUACCCGGUGACCAGCUCAAGGCUUUUUCGGAGAACGAGUGGAAGAAGAAAAUCGUAGAGUCGUUUAACAAACAACCGGGUAUGACCGCCGACGAAGCCAAGGUGGCGUUCCUCAAGGUGGUCUGUCGCUGGCCGACGUUCGGCUGCGCCUUCUUCGAAGUGAAGCAAACCUCCGAGUCAAAUUUCCCGGACAUUGUGCGCAUCGCCAUCAGCAAGCAAGGACUCACCAUCAUACACCCCAAAACCAAAGAAGUGUUGGCAAACCACCCGUUUACCAGCAUCGCCAGCUGGUGCAGCGGGAGCACGUAUUUCCACAUGACCAUCGGCAGCUUGGUGAAGGGCAACAAAUUCUUGUGCGAAACGUCACUGGGCUACAAGAUGGACGACCUCAUCACUUCCUACGUCAAUAUGUACUACAUGCAAGAGAGGAGGCCAGUGCAGAGCAGGAACCAACGCUUCAACUGAUGUCCACCAACUGCGUAUGGAGACAAAUCAUUCUCAAAAAUUGAAUAUAUAAACUCGACCGAUGCUAGUGCUGGAAGUAUUUAUUCAAGUUCCUUCUAAUCAUAUUUACCUUUAGUCACUUGCUUGAUCUGAUUUGAUUCUUCAUAAAUAAAUAUUCAUUGUAUGCUCCAGAA